AUGGCCGAUUUUACAGCAAAAAAAGCCAAACUAAUGGAUCGUCGAGCGAGGAUUAGGCACAGUAUCCAACUGGAAGUGGAGGCUGAAAGUGAAGGCCGUUUGCAACGCGUCAAAUCUCAACUCCAGCACGUCAGAAGUGUCCUUCAUAUAAACAGCCGGACUCCGAUGGGUAAUCUGUUAAUGAUGGAGAAAUUACUACAGGCUUUUCUCGAUUCUGAGCAAAGAGGCAUGGCCAGUCAGACCCCUUUAUUUUCUUUGCCGAGUCAGAUCCCAUGCGACAAGUCUAUACCUGCCAACUUUUUCUGAGAUGUAGGCGUGAGAUUUUUAUCCUGGGAGUGCUGGGAUUUUUGAAAACGACACGAUCAUUUCCGAAGAUUUCCGAAGAAGUCCGAAGUCUUCCGAAGACGUCCGAAGUCUGCCGAAGGCGAAGUUAUCGAGAAAACGCUUAUCCACAAAAUCAGAGAUCGCGAGGAAGGUAUUGUCAUUUAUUCAUUUUACACAUGGUUUUCGUUCCUUACAUUGGUCUGAGUUAACAUAUUUUUGGAAAUUGUGUCAAGCAAGACGGCAACAACUCACAUUUUUCAAUCAGGCGUGAGAAAUUGGUCCGCAGGCGUGAGCGGGCGUGAGAUCGAAGUUUUCAACCCACAGGCGUGAGACUCACGCCUAAGGCGUGAGAGUUGGCAGGUAUACAAGUCCGACAACACAACAAAAACUUGCGACGUUGGGAUUCAAACAGAUAUUCUUCCUCCUUAUGUGUUGGCUAGUGGGGAAAAUACUACUGGCUGUUUUGACAUUCACACACCCAGUAAACCGGUGGAAGACUACUUUGUUGCUUCUCAUGACGCCUUACAGCAUCUUGUGGCCACUCUGGCUCGUUACGACGGGAGUUGUCCACUGUGUGGCUUUACUUUAGAUAUGCAAUCAUUUACCGUCAAACAGCACGGACAUGCCGCACGAAUAAGCAUCUCCUGCGUCGCUGGUCAUCAUGUUCGAUGGUAUUCGAGCAGCACUGUUGCUGGAAAAUUUACAGCUAAUCUAAGGUCGUGUAGUUAUAUUUUGUUCCCUUUUUUGCAUUUCAUGUUAUUUUAGAAUAUUGCAAAUACUCACUCGAGUUUCCUUGCUUAUUUAGGAUGGUUCAUGGUUUUACUUGUUCUGGUCUAACAGAGACCCAAUACAUAAAUUCCUGUAAGGCGUCUCGCAUUGGCUAUGUGGAACAGAAAUAUAUAUCCACUGGUAAUAUAAUUCAUGGUUGUUCACUCUAAAGACAAUUUGCUGCAUUAUUUUGAGUUGAUAUUAUAAACAACCUGCUUACCCAAAUGUCAUUUGUAGUUAUUUCGAAAGUAAAAAAAAAAAGAAAAGUAAAACUACCUGAUAAAGAGAAAAAUAACUACAACAAAUGUAAAAUCUUGUCUGAUAUUGUUUGGAUUGUGCCUUAUGUCGUACCAGUACUUUCUAUGUCUUUCUAAUAGAUUUAAUUUCUCUUUUUUGUGCCUCUAGCUUCUUUUGAGCUUGUAUUAACUGGAAAGCAAAUUGAAACAUUUUAUCAUAAUUAUACUAAACUUUUUUUAUUAUUUGAUUUGUCAUAGUACAUUCUUCAUUGGGAUACAAGAAUGCAGUAAAAACUGUUUAUGAGAGACAGUUGCUGGAAGCGCGAACAGAGGCACAGCAAGAUCCUCAGUAUUUACUACGUGGUGAUGUUAGUAGUUCUGUAGUAAUAAUAUACCAGUUUAUUCAAUGCACAUUGUCUUCUUGUAGGUUAUAGGAGAUUCUCUGUCUUCUCAACAAGGUGUAUUUAUAUAACUACUUUAGGUCAUCAUCACUGAUGCGAGGCAUGAUUCUAGUCGUGCAGCUCAGCAUACAACUGUUUCAGCAUUAUCUAACAGGUAAACUAAUUUCAUCUGGUGUGAGAGUGGAUGUGCAUAAUUGUUAUUUUAGGUAACUGUAGUCCAUCGACACACAGUUGUUAGUGUGGGUAGAUAAUGAUAUUUCCUUGUUUCUUCCUGUGUCUGAAAUAUUGUAGUAACAAAAAGGUUAUAUACAGUUUAAACUGGUCUAAAGAGGACCUGAGUGCGGCCGCAUCACGAGAAGUACCCAUGACCAAACAAGUUGUGGAUUCCUUAGUUAAUCUGGGUGAGCCAGCUUAAAAUUUAUUGGUUUUUUUCUUUAUUUGUGUGGAUAGCAUUUUUACUUUAAAUGAGCUUGCUAGCUUCCACUUCUUUCUUUUGGACAGGUCAUCAAGUUGGUGAUCUGGCACAUGACUAUGUACCAGCCUUGAAACAGUGGGCCAGUUCCCAGGGAAUAAAAAACUCAUAUGAUAGCUGGCAUGGUAUGUACUAUUACAUGGCAAUCCUUGAUGGUACGAAAGCAUAUCGGCAACUAAUUCUAGAUCCAAGUUUCCAUUAUCUUUCUCAUUUUCUUUGUGAAGGUGGAAAAGGUGUGAAGAAAGCUAUCAAAAAGGUGGCUAGUGGCCUUGUUCGAGAUUCUGAGAAGACUUGGUUUGCUGAAUUAUCUGAUAAAGGUAAUACUGAAUUAUUUCGAUUACCUUAUGAUUCCUUACUUCCUUGAAUUUUCAUUUAAAAAUAGAAUAGUGAGAAGUAUACUAUUGUGUAUUCUUAUCACCUUGUGAAAUAAUGUACUUUCAGUGAAAUGUACAAAGACACACAUUUAUUAUGCUAUGAAAAAUUGCAAUGAAGAUGCCACCACAUUAAGAAACUACAUUACCAACAUUGUAGAUCAUUACAAGGUAGCUUAUUACAAUAAUAGAGUUUACUUUGGUGUUGAAAAUGGUUGAUUUCACAAAUAUAUUACCUGUUGCUUAUACUCUAUAUUAAACUUCUGCAGGGAAAUCAUAACAACUGCCAUAAAGACUCUCGCUGUCAAGAAGAUGGCUAUGUUUGCAGCAAGAAACCUCUUGUCAGUGAAAGAGCUAUUGUUGCCUACCGGAAAGCCAUCGAGGGCACAACAAUCUACAUAAAUGCAGAGGAUUAUGCCUUGGUAAAUUCUUAUGAACAGUUAUGGAGCAUCAUCCUAUCUAAUGAUCCUUUUGCCUAUAUUGAGCAAUGA